GUCCGCCUACCUAUUGACCGAACUCGAAGAGGACGGAGACCACUUGCCUGCUCACCUUCCUCUGUUUUUCGUGCUUAGCUUCUCCGCCUCUCGGUUCAGAACCUUCGCCAUACAGUCGCCAUUAGAGCUAGCUGGGAAGGAAACGACGAGAUCGGGGCUUACAGAGAUCGCAGAAACUCACAUCUUUCUCAUACUUCCGCUCCGCUCCUACUAGAAACCGUUGACGAAGGUUAGAGUUAUACCAAGACUACUUUACAUCAUGGAAGCUGCAAACUUGACACUUCAACAGUUGAAGUUUCCAGGCGUUCAUCAGCAAAGAUUUAGAACGCAUUCAUCACUGUCCUGGAGACGAGAAGAUGCAUCCUUUUGCAAUGUGACACAUAUAUUGUAUUAUCCAGAUAAAAAUUCACGGAGUGUUAAUAAAUCAUCUGAUUUUUCUUGUCUUUCAUGUCAUGCUUCAAUUAAUAAAAAUGAGUUUGUGCUAAAGCCUAACAAAAAAGGGUCAAUUUUGACGGGAAAAUGUAUAGAGAAUGCAUAUGGUUCGAUAGAAGCAAGCUCCUUUUGUGAAAAUAGUCAUAGUAUUUCUGCAAAUAAUGUACAAGAAAAGGUUGGAGUGUUGCUGCUGAAUCUUGGGGGCCCAGAGACUCUUGAUGAUGUUCAACCAUUUCUGUUCAAUCUGUUUGCUGAUCCUGUAUGUAUGAUGCUAACCUUUUAUUUUGCUUUGUGUUGA